AUGUCACCCUCGGAGAACUCGUCCGAACCAGACACGUCGAAGCCGCCGGGUGUGGUGGGAACAGACGGUCAUCACGAAGCUGAGCCCGACAGAGACAAGAUUGAGACACCAUCGGCCAAUGGAGCCCAGGGACAUGCAAAUCAAGAUGCAGUCAUAUCUCAAGCUCCAGAAGAUGCUAGUGGUUCUGUUAUACCCCCACAGGACGCUACUCAAUUGCCUACAGCUACACAGCACACCGAGAAACUUCUUGACGGUCCCAAAUUCAAGAGCUCAGCGACGCAGACUGACCCAGACACGGACAUCGAUAACGCCCCAGUACGUGUUGUGGGGAACGGAGACAGUCGAGGGAGUGAUGAUGAAUCAAAAACGGCGGAAGAUGUUCCUGAGCCAGACUCAGUAGAAGAGGUUCCAUCAUCUGCUAUUGGAAGAAUCUAUAGAAAAGAUGGAAAGAGAUUGGUAAUUGACGAGUCCCAGUGGAAACCCACAAUCACCGAAGACACGACCACGCGCUUUUCCGUCAUGUAUGAGAUGGAGGAAACAGACAAGACUCGUGUUUUCCUCAAGAGUAAAUAUCUACAAAAACUCUUCAAUGCCUUUUGCAAGCGCAAACUCUACCCAGCAUCAUCUAUACAACCCGACGGCAUAGCAAUCCCAAAACCCUAUGCACCGCUGUUUUUCCAUUAUGACGAGAUGCUCGCCGCAGCCGAACAGCCCGAGUUUACCAAAAAAUUUGACUCGGAUCAAGUACAGAAAGACUUGGACGGGUUGAAAUCCUGGUACGAAAACUGGGUGGCUGCGAGUCACGAGGCAGCGCGCGAUGCGAUUAAGCGCGAUUCUGUGGAAUUCAAUAGCCUAUGGGCCGUCUUCAAGCCCGGCGACUUGUUGUAUGGCCUCGACGAUUUUGGGCAGGCUCGGCUAUAUGUCAUUGCUGCGACGAAAUACCGCAGUGGCAUUGAUACUCUCGGCGACGACGUGGAAAUGGACAUGAUGUCUUCAUUCGUUCCUAUGAUACAGUCGUUUAUGAAUCUAAAGAGGAGGUUCGCCGUGGAAUCAUGGUUUCUGGACUGGGAUUCAUCCAGCAGAGUCUUCAAGCGAAGGAGCUUCGUGAGCGGCAUUCCCGUCUACACGGGCACGCGCCGCAUCUCCGACCUUGAUGUGUUUCCGCUACGCCACUACAAAGGCGGAGACCAGGCCGCCAUUGACGAGCUCCUCUCCAGACUUGACGAACGCGGACGUCUUUGGAAGAGCAUCAUGGUUUCCAGCUCGACGUGCAUGCAUCACGACGGGCCGGCCUUGGAGUUGGACGCCACAAAGGACGCAUUGUUUAGGCGCAAGAAUGACCAUAUCCACCUUAACGAUCGCGUCAUGGCGGACAAUGACGGCUGGGCUCUCUUUGGGGAUAAAACGUCCCUUCCACCGCCCAUCAAGACCAUGAUGAGCUCCAUGGCCGAUGCAGGAACCUCUGAAUCGCCAAUCUUGGUGGGCGGGUUCGAUGAGACUUAUGCAAAAUACGACAAGUGCUCCCCCGAAGACGAAUUUGACGCCUUACAGGCACAACUGUGCCCAUCGCAGUUGUAUUGUUGCGCCAUCCGUACAACAAAAUGGUAUGUUGCGACCAUUGCCAGCCUCAAGCCUAUUCAAUGGAAACGUGAGGCCAUCGAUAACCUCGUCGUGAAUCCAAACACGAAGAAGGUAUUACGAGGGCUAGUAGAAGAGCACAAGAAGAACAGAAGCCAAGAUGAAAUUAUCAGUGACUUUAUUCCCGAUAAAGGGUGUGGGCUGGUCCUUGUUCUUCAUGGCCCCCCUGGUGUGGGUAAAACACUGACAGCAGAGUGUAUUGCAGAGUAUACAGGGAAGCCUCUGUACUCAAUCAACAUUGGCGAGCUCUCGUCUGAACAAAAUAUUGCCGCCCGCUUGGAGAACAUCUUUGAGCAGGCCUCUCGCUGGGACGCGGUGCUGCUCAUUGACGAGGCCGACGUUGUGCUAGAGCAGCGCUCCCUAGAGAACAUCAAACGCAACGCCAUUGUUUCCAUCUUUCUCCGAAUGCUCGAAUACUAUCGCGGAAUCCUCUUCCUCACGACCAACCGCCUAGCAACCAUGGACGUUGCCUUUCAGUCCCGCGUCUCCUUGGCCAUCAAGUACAGCGAGCUAUCGCCCGCCCUCAGACGACAAAUAUGGCUGAAUUUCAUUGCACGCUUGGGGAGCUCGGAGACCGAGGCCAAAGAACAGCUCCUGGCUCGGCUGGAUGAUAUCAAGGAGUGGAAACUCAAUGGGCGGCAGAUCCGCAAUGUCAUCACCAUGGCACAGUCGCUGGCGCUGGCAGAGAAUCGGAUGAGAGGGAGGCUUCGGUUUGAUCAUAUCCAGCAGGUCGCUGCCGACACAUUGGGAUUUCAAGAUCUCUUUGAAGAGGAGUAUCGGACUUCCAAGGUGCAACUGUCUAACAUGGGAAGUCACCGGUUUCCAGAGAACGAGGUUGAGCCAUAUGCCCGUGGCACGCUCACUCAGUCAUUCAGGGCAAAUCACUGGCAGUAG